AUGUCGUCGAUUUCUGCCCAGCACCCUUAUUACAAGGAAUUGGAGAUUGCUACAUUGGCAGUCAAGCGUGCCUCGUUGCUCACUAAGAAAUUGAGCGAUUCUAUAGGCGUUACACAGAAAUCUGGAACCCAGACAAAGGACGAUAAAUCGCCUGUAACUGUAGGAGAUUAUGCAGCUCAGGCUAUUAUCAACUAUGCUAUCCAAAAAAACUUUCCUGGUGACGAAAUUGUCGGAGAGGAAGACUCAGACACUUUGAGAGAAGACACAGAUGAAUCUCGGAAGUUGUCGGGUCGCAUUCUCGAGAUCAUCGAAGAUGUCCAGGACAAUACUUCUACCUAUAGUGACAAGAUUGGCACACUUGAGAACUUGCAAGAUAUUUAUGAGAGCAUAGACCUCGGUAUUUCCCAAGGUGGAGAUAAAGGUAGAAUUUGGGCCCUUGAUCCAAUUGACGGCACCAAAGGAUUCCUUAGAGGCGACCAGUUUGCAGUGUGUUUAGCUCUUAUUGUAGAUGGUGAGGUAGUAUUGGGCGUUAUUGGCUGUCCCAACUUGCCUGAGAUUAUCCUUUCCAACGAAGAUAUGACGGGUACUGUUGGAGGUUUGUACUCGGCCGUAAAGGGCGUUGGUUCGUUUUAUACAGCCUUGUUUGACUCUGACAAGUUUGUUCCUUUGUCGAAGCAAGAGAGAAUCAAAAUGACCACUAACACUUCGCCAGCCAGUAUUAAAGUAGUGGAAGGUGUAGAAAAGGGCCAUUCUUCUCAUUCAACGCAGUCAAAGAUCAAAGACAUCUUGGGUUUCAACCGUGAAAUCGUUCAUAGACAGACCAUAAACUUGGAUUCCCAAGUCAAAUAUUGUGUAUUGGCUAAAGGACAGGCUGACAUCUACUUGCGUUUACCAGUCAGUGAUACCUAUCGUGAAAAGAUCUGGGACCAUGCUGCUGGUAACAUCUUGGUGUAUGAAAGUGGUGGUCAAGUCGGUGAUAUCAGCGGUGCCCCUCUUGACUUUGGUAAGGGCAGAUUCUUGCAAUCCAAGGGUGUCAUUGCUGGUAAUACCCACAUCUUCCCUGCUGUUAUCAAAGCAGUAGAACAAGCCUUGAAUUAA